UGAAUGUUCUUGAUAUGCGGAUCCUCUGUCUUAUUGUUAUCCUCUUACGCUUUGGAUCAUCUGAAGAUACAGCCGAUAAUGCGGAAGGCAGGGCAACUGGAAGUUGGUGGGAUGCAUUACCCCGACUUGUGACCGACAUUGUGAACACGAAAGUGAACAUUCUCACAGCUGCUCCACUAGAACUUAUUGCCAACGCAAUUGAUACUGUGUGUUCCUCCACCCUGUUUAUGGGCAGAGUGCCUCCGAAAAUCACUCCGGACAUACAGAAAAUGCAUUUUCAGUAUAUGACUCCAUGCCAGAACUACAGUGUGCCUCUACUGGAGGCAUCGAAGCUGUGGAAGCACUCAAGGUUUAGCAAGGGACGCAAGGUGGUGAUCCUGGCCACUGGAUGGACCAACACUGUGAACGAAUCCUCAGCCAUUUCGAUGAUCUCCAAGGCAUUCAUGUGUCGUGGCGAUGUGAAUUUUGUGAUUGUGGAUGCCGCUGACUACGUGGACACCUUGUACUCCUGGUCGGCUCUCAAUACAGAUUUAAUUGGCGAGCACAUUGGUGUGGGAUUGACACAUCUCAUAGAGUUGACUCCCCUGCGAAAUAUCCAUUUGAUUGGACAUUCCCUGGGAGCUCACAUCAUGGGCACUGCUGGUCGAACAUUUAAGCGGCUGACCGGAAAGCUGAUCCCCAGGAUAACCGGCCUGGAUCCGGCCAAACCCUGUUUCAGGCGGGAGAACAUCCUGCCGGGAUUGACGCAGGGCGAUGCCAAGCUGGUGGACAUCAUCCACACCAACAUUGGCAUUUUGGCCAAGCGAGGUCCCCUGGGGGACGUGGAUUUCUAUCCGGGUGGGGCACAUCCCAUCCAGCCGGGCUGCCUGACCAUCGGCUGCUCUCAUACACGAGCGGUGGAGUAUUUUGCGGAGAGUGCGUAUCCCCAGCAGAAGAAGAACUUCAUGGGCAGAAAGUGCGCUUCGUGGGACAAGUUAAGAAGACGGGAUUGCUCUGAGGGAAUCGUUUCCCCGAUGGGCUAUCAAAUCAAUCCCCAAGCUAGGGGCAUGUACUAUGUGGAUGUAAAUGGCUGGCCUCCUUACGGUCGCAAUGCGCAGAAGUCUAUUGACCCAAGCUUACGGACUUGCUAUCUUUGCCAGACGUAAAGUUAACAAAUCCCGAGAAAUAGCAAAUUUAACAUUUUCCUAAACCUUUACACUGAAUAAAGAAUAUCUCAUUAUAUUUUUAUAAA